AUGCCCUGUGCUACCUGGUUCGCCAUCGUGUCUUCUCUAAGUUGCCUGUUGCAAGUUGCAAUGUGCAAGCCGCUUAACGGUUGGGACCAGUCAGCCGAUCAAGAGGGGGUCCAAAGUUACGACAGCGAAGGUGUUCCAGAUGAAGAUGCCGGCUUCGACUUCAACGCGUUUUUGGAAAGCAUGAAGGAUGAGUUCCUACGGAGCUUAAACCUGUCAGAUAUCCCUGCGCACGACGCGGCCAGAGUGGAGCCACCACAGUUCAUGAUCGACCUGUACAACAAAUUUGCCACCGACAGAUCAUCCAUGCCGUCUUCAAACAUCGUGAGAAGCUUCAGGAACGAAGAUACCACGUCCAUUUUCCCAGUGGGGGAAAACCAAGUGAGGAGGCACAUCCUCGUCUUUAACAUCUCCAUCCCCCGUCAUGAAGAAAUCACCAUGGCCGAGCUGAGGCUCUACACCUUUCUGGAGAGAGACAGGAGGAUGUACGAAGGUGUGAGCAGGGUCGUGACGCUUUACGACGUGGAGGAGGCGGACGAGAACCCGCCACAAGUCUCGCCGCCACCCCAGCUGACGUUGCUGGUCUCCAAGCAGAUCGACGCCAAGGACAGCGGCUGGGAAGCCUUUGAGGUGACCGACGCCAUCAAGCGCUGGUUCAGGUCGGGCAGAACGACGCACAGGCUGGAAGUCCACAUCCGGAACGCCGAAGAGGGCGCGCCACAGGAGGUGGUGGACCUGGACAUCGACCCGGGCUCUGCCAACAAGAACGUGCCGCUGCUGGUGGUCUUCUCCAACGACCGCGGCCACGGACAGAGGGUGUCCGGGGCUGAAAUGAAGGAGAUGAUCGUGCACGAGCAGGAGAUCAUGCUGGAGGAGCUGGCGGACAGGUCCAGCUCGCGUAGGCACGCCGAAGCCCUCCUCAAAGCGCAGGCCAUGCUCUCCUACGACUCCACGUCCAGGACCCGCAGAAACGCCAAAGGGGACUACUGCAAGCGCUCCCCCCUGCACGUGGACUUCACCGAGAUCGGCUGGAACUCCUGGAUCAUCGCCCCCAAGAGCUACGAGGCGUACGAGUGCCGGGGGGUGUGCUACUUCCCUCUGACCGACCAUGUCACCCCCACCAAGCACGCCAUCAUCCAGACGCUGGUCAACCGCUCCAACCCCAAGAAAGCGGCUCGGGCGUGUUGCGUGCCCACCAAGCUGGACCCCAUCUCGGUGCUCUACAAGGACGAUGCCGGGGUAGUGACUUACAAAUACAAGUACGAGGGGAUGGUGGUGGCGGAGUGCGGCUGCAGAUAG